CGUCGAUUGUCACUCACCCGUGGACCGAUGAUGGCGAGGAGUACUACACAACACCAGUGUUAGAGCAAUGCUUUAAGCUGAGCGAGACGGAACAACAAGAGAUCAUCAGCCUCCACAACUUCGCAAAGCCCGACACAAAAGAGGAGUGGCUACCUUGGAUCAGAUCGAUAUGGUGGAGGCUAGAAGAAGCGGAUAAUGACAUACCCCCUUCUCUCGCAGAGAACCUUUCAGAGGUCUUGAAGAUGCCGCUAUCUACCUGGCCCGAGAAACUGCGACUCCAAAACGAACUUGCGCAAGCAGCGCGCGCGUACAACUUCCUGUGCGCUUGGGAAACAUAUAACCGGAAAGUCUUCAACGUCCACAACCCGAAGAACAUCCAUUACGGCCUCUUUCUUACCACCGCCCGCCUGAAUCACUCUUGCACACCGAACGCCAGAGUCAGCUUCUGCGAAUCCCGUGGCAAGAUGACUGCGUACGCUUUGAGCGACAUCAAAGCAGGGGAGGAGCUCACAAUCUCCUAUCUGGAAGACGAGAAGACCGCCGACCUGGAGAACACGACGACGUUCAUGAAGCGGGCCGAGCGUCAAGCGCAACUGAAGCAGAAAUGGGGAUUCGAAUGCACGUGCUCUGUAUGCAGUGACCCGGAGCUCUCGAAAGCGUGGGACGAGCGUGUAACGGCGAUGAAACCAAUCCGGGCUUUCCUCACCAAGAUCGACGCUCCCUGGGCCCCGUUCUGGAAGUUUGCCCGCCUCAAGGAGCUGGGUAGGGCGGUUGAGGAGGGCAUGAAGCUUCUGCGUAUGGUGGAGAAGCAGGGGCCGAAGAAUAUUGAGGUGGCGAGAAUCCGAGAAACGCUCGCCCGACUAAACAGCAUGAUGGGUCGUGAUCCAGCAGCCAUCCUAUGCGCUAGGAUCUCCUUGGAGGUAGCAGGCGCCGUGAUGGGGAAGGAUCAUCAACGGUACGAGCAGGCCCGGUGCCUGGUCUGGGAGGUUGAGAGCGAAGACUCACAAUGGGAGAGAGACAUGCAACGCCGCUUGGAGUAGCCCAGGGCAGGGGUGGAGGACAAAGACUACUUGGCUCUCCGUCUGGUUGGAUUGGUCGAGCACCAGAUCAUCUGGGCGUCCUUUUUGGAAUGGCCUUCAGUGUGCUAUGCGCUAGCUCUACCGGUUGGAUCUUGCAUGAGAACGUCCUCGAGCUGUUUCUAAACGUUUGGCUGCUUUAUGCUUGGGUUUCAGGAACCGACGAUGGGUCUGAUGUUCAAGCCCAGUUCGACCCGAUUGCCCAUAUGUAACAUUAGGCUCAAGACAAGACCUCUAUCUUGCACU